AGGAUCAAUUGAGCAGCAUGAAUCGGGGUGUGCGUCGUCGGCUACUUUCUCUCGGCGUAUGGCCCUCGUUGCUGGACGCCACGGACCAUGUCGCGUGGAAGUUACAGCUGUUCAGUGUGGCGCUGCUACAUCUCCUGUUCUCCAGCGACAAGCAUUGGCUACAGGUAGCUCCCGACAGCGCAGCAUCCGCAACAGCAGCAAACGAAGCCAAUGCUGAGUCAGCAGCAUUGCUUUUAGACCCGCAGACCGCCGUUGUUACCAAACGCAAGCGUAUCCUAUUUGUGCGCCACGCCGAGUCCGAGUGGAAUGUCGUCUUCAACCGCGGCAUUAAUUUCCGCAUGCUCGUGAGUCUCCUACGUGCCAUAGUACGCGAAUGGCUGCUGCUUCCCACUGGCGACUCGGUCUUCUUGGACUCGCCACUCAGUUGGCGCGGACGCUUCCAGGCCCAGAGUCUUCACGACCACAUGUGUGAGGCGCCAAUUGGCUUGGUGGGCGGCAAUGGAUCCACUACGGAGACUUUACCGUCAAUACACACACACCACCACUCCGUGCAACAGACGGAGGACGACGCGCUGCUGCGUUAUCUGUGCUGUCCACUUCCCGGUAGCGUCGUAGUCGCGUCCAACUUGCGUCGUACUAUCGACACAGCGCGCAUCGCGUCAGCAUCGAGACUGGAAGUGCCAGGCGAGAGGAUCCACGUGCUCUCGUGUCUGCAGGAGAUUGGCCGCAACUUCGACACGUUGGCUAUCAGUCAGCCACACACCAUUCAGCCUGAAGUGCUGGUGCAAGCUCUACGAGGAGAGAAGCGUCACGAGGAGCUGUUCAACGUGGCAGAAAGCCACGGCAAUAAGACGGUGCUGGGAAGCGGUCGUGACCGCCUCAUGGCGUUCGCGCAGUGGGUCUUUAAUCAACAGAAAGACGUGGUGGUCGUGUACGGCCACUCGCUGUGGUUUCGCGCGUUUUUUCGCGAGUUUUUCCCUCGAAACGUCUUCCACGACGCGAAAUCUGCCAAGAUGAAUAAUUGCGGAGUGGUGACUUUCAUGUUGGAAGAAUGCAACAAAGGCGGAGGCGAGGCUGCGCAAUACACCAUCCAGCCAGAAAGUUUCCAGCAGCUUUUUUAA